GUAACGUAUGCAGACCGCCAUAAAAUCUCACCAACAGCGAUAAACCUCCUCGAAAGCAUUGGCACCAGAGCCAACGACCUCACUGCUGUAACGUUAUGCACAUCUGCGCCGCCGAAAGAACCCUGCUGGACCGGCAAAGCCGUUGGAGUUAUCCUGGUUUGCAUCACGUGGAUACUCACUCGCCUUUCCCCGGCUUUGGCAUUUGUUGGCGAAAGCGCGGCUUUGCGCGAUUGCCAGCUUCAAGUUUUUUGCUGUGACUGAUUGGUCUGUGCACAUGCCCCCCCACAUGUUAGCAAACCAAUGGUUCUCGAAAUUUCCAGGUUGAGUGCUCUGAAAUUUUUUUCGCCAUAGUUUUUAAAGAAGACUUGCCGUCUCCGACUUUCUUCCCUCAAUCUCCAUCAAUUCCACCACCCCAUCCACCCGUCGUCUGCUUUCGUUGUGAUUUACCAUCCUACUGAGAGAAGGGUGUUAUUUUCCUUUUAAUUAGCUUCUUUCACAAUGAUGGCAACACGCCUUUCUCGUGCCCUUCCCAGGGCAUCCUCAGUAGCUUCCCGCUCGGCGGGUUUGCUCCGAAGGACUCCCGCGUUCGCGCGGUUCGAAUCCACAGAGGAGAAGGUCAAGGGAUCUGUCAUCGGUAUCGAUCUCGGCACAACCAACUCUGCCGUUGCCAUCAUGGAGGGCAAGGCCCCCAAGAUCAUCGAGAACGCCGAGGGUGCCCGUACUACUCCUUCAGUCGUUGCCUUCGCGGAGGACGGCGAGCGCCUCGUCGGUGUCGCUGCCAAGCGUCAAGCCGUCGUCAACCCCGAGAACACGCUCUUCGCCACCAAGCGGUUAAUUGGACGCAAGUUCACCGACGCCGAGGUGCAGCGUGACAUCAAGGAGGUGCCCUACAAGAUCGUCCAGCACACCAACGGCGAUGCCUGGGUAGAGUCUCGCGGCCAGAAGUACUCGCCAUCCCAGAUUGGUGGCUUCGUCCUCAACAAGAUGAAGGAGACUGCCGAGGCUUACCUCAGCAAACCCAUCAAGAACGCCGUCGUCACUGUCCCCGCCUACUUCAACGACUCCCAGCGUCAGGCCACCAAGGAUGCUGGUCAGAUUUCCGGCCUGAACGUCCUCCGUGUCGUUAACGAGCCCACCGCUGCCGCCCUCGCUUACGGUCUUGAGAAGGAGGCUGACCGCGUCGUCGCCGUCUACGAUCUUGGUGGUGGCACAUUCGAUAUCUCGAUCCUCGAGAUCCAGAACGGCGUCUUCGAGGUCAAGUCGACCAACGGUGACACCCAUCUCGGUGGUGAGGACUUCGAUAUCCACCUCGUCCGCCACUUCGUCCAGCAAUUCAAGAAGGACUCUGGCAUCGACCUCUCAGGUGACCGCAUGGCCAUCCAGAGAAUCCGUGAGGCCGCCGAGAAGGCCAAGAUUGAGCUGUCGUCGUCCCUCCAGACCGACAUCAACCUGCCCUUCAUUACUGCCGACUCUGGCGGACCCAAGCACAUCAACUCCAAGCUCACCCGCGCUCAGCUCGAGGCCAUGGUCGACCCCCUCAUCAGCAAGACCAUCGAGCCCGUCCGCAAGGCCCUGAAGGAUGCUAGCCUCCAGGCCAAGGACAUCCAGGAGGUUAUCCUUGUUGGUGGUAUGACCCGUAUGCCCAAGGUCUCGGAGUCGGUCAAGAGCAUCUUCGGCCGUGACCCGGCCAAGUCUGUCAACCCUGACGAGGCUGUUGCCAUUGGCGCGGCCGUCCAGGGUGCCGUUCUCUCUGGUGAGGUCAAGGACCUCCUGCUGCUCGAUGUUACCCCCCUGUCUCUCGGUAUCGAGACCCUCGGCGGUGUCUUCACUCGCCUGAUCAACCGCAACACCACCAUCCCCACCAAGAAGUCGCAGGUCUUCUCCACCGCUGCCGACUUCCAGACCGCCGUCGAGAUCAAGGUCUACCAGGGUGAGCGUGAGCUCGUCCGGGACAACAAGCUUCUCGGAAACUUCCAGCUCGUCGGCAUCCCCCCUGCGCACCGUGGUGUGCCCCAGGUUGAGGUCACCUUCGACAUCGACGCCGACUCCAUCGUUCACGUCCACGCCAAGGACAAGUCCACCAACAAGGACCAGUCCAUCACCAUUGCCUCCGGCUCGGGUCUGUCUGACUCCGAGAUCCAGCAGAUGGUUGAGGAGUCGGAGAAGUACGCUGAGUCGGACAAGGAGCGCAAGGCCGUCAUCGAGACUGCCAACCGUGCCGACAGCGUUGUCAACGACACGGAGAAGGCUCUGAACGAGUAUGCCGACAAGCUCGACAAGACCGAGGCCGAACAGAUCCGCGAGAAGAUCACUUCUCUGCGCGAGUUCGUCGCCAAGGCCCAGUCCGGCGAGACCGCUGCCACUUCUGCCGAGAUCAAGGAGAAGACGGAUGAGCUCCAGGUUGCCAGCCUGAACCUCUUCGACAAGAUGCACAAGGCGCGUGCCGAGUCUGGCGAGCCGGCCCAGAACGCCGAAGGCGAGAAGAAGGAUGAGCCCAAGGCUUAAAUGCGUCCCCUCCACAUGGACGCCUAUACCCCCCCUAUAUUUUGAUUUUAUCGCAUGUGUCUGAGUCGGUCGGAGCGGCUUUCAGUGUAUAUUCAGUGUACUCAUAUCUUGUGUUGGAGGCUCAUGGGGGCUAUCCAAAUGUUUAAUGCAGACGGCGGAUGGCGUUACUGAGCAUAAAAACUGCUGCGUUCUUGGGCAGGGUCAUCUCACGAUUUUUGAUGAUGGGCAGGAAUCGGACGGGGGCUGGAUAGCGGUGCAUGCGUGUAUCAUUAAAUACACGCCCACGAGAGCAAAUAUAUUCCAAAUCCCCCCUC